CACACACACACACACACACACACACACACACACACACACACACACACACACACACACGCACAAUCUCUGUUACCUGGGCAACCUUGUUAGGGUGGAGGAAUACUUCUUACCACCUACAUUUCCCUCCUCCCCCCUCCCUCUCUCUCUCUCUCUCUCUCUCUCUCUCUCUCUCUCUCUCUCUCUCAAGGGAAGUGCAGGAAGUAUAGCAGCUCAGACACAUUCAGACUCAGCCAUCAGACCACACUUCCCUCAUCCUCACUCUCCUCAUCCCUCCAUUCAUCCUUCUCCCUUCUAAUUCCAGUAAUCUCUUUCUCUUCUUCCCUUCUCAUUGCCCUCAGCACUGUCUGUCUCUCUUCUUUCCAUCUCUUUGAUUGACUUUGACAAAGUUUGAAGCAUGGGCUGUGGGAAUUCCACCUCUGCUAGCACAGCUGCAGGUCCAUCUGAGUCAGCUAAAGAUGUCCCAUCGGAUCAUCUCUUGGUUCUGUUCUGGUUCUGGGCCCACAGGCAAGACGAUUCAUCUGUGGAUGAUGAGAAGAGGAGGAAUUAUGGUGGAGUGUAUGUGGGCUUACCUGCAGACCUCAGCAAUGUGGCCACUGGACAAACACCCUCCACACACAAAGAAUAAUGAUAUUCAGAGCUGAAGGCACAGAUAAAGGGCUUUCCAGAGGGAAUCUUGGCUGAAAAUUGCUGCGUAAUAAUCUCAAAAGGACGCAAUUUUCGUCAUCGUUGAUUGGCUUGUUGGGACUCGCCGGAAUCCUCUGAGAGCCAAUCAUCUAAUUGAACUCUCUGGAAACUGAGCUGGAAUAAGUUCAGCUGACAAGGUCAGAGGUCAAAGACAAAUCUGAGUUUGUUAGCAUCACUCAGCGCUUUUAAGGGCAAGUUCUACCAGCACCUUGCUUCUCAGGACAAUGACACACAGGUGUUAAUGACAAUCACAGAGCAAUGAAGAUGCUAAAAAUGUGUCUCUGAGCUCAAACCUGUUCCCUCACAAUAUUGCUCGGAGGUUUCACAAGGGUCAAGUGGUUUUCAAGAGGGAAAUGGGACUCUUAAGGCACUAUGUGUGCACUCACGAGUCUGUGUUUUUGUUCUUUCACUCUUUCAACAUGAUACACAUCCUUUCAGACAUUCUCCUUUAGUCUUAAGAAAAAAAUCCAUUUUGUAAGAGUAAUGUUUGCAAGAUGGCUAAAGAGGUACAUGAAGUGCCUUCGAAGGAGCUUGUUGCUGGUCUGUCAGGUGAGUCCUCUUAGUGCUUCUUCAAAACCUGCACUGUCUUCUGGAGGUGAAAUCAAGGGUUAUGUGUUUGUGAUUGGGUUUAAGGUCCCUCCAUCUCGCUAAUCCAAUUAGAGUGACCCAGUGAGAGCCGAGUUUUACAGCGAGUGUAUCUGUGCUAGCAGCGCCUGACCUGAGAGAACUCAGAGGACAGUGUAAGUAGGCCAGCUGGAACUCACGCUCCUGUGACACAGGGAGAAGAGAUGAGGAGAGAAAGACAGAGAGUGAUAGAAAGACAGAGAGCACUUGAGCCAGACUGUGUCACAGCGGGUGCUGAAUGAGACACCGAUUCCUGAGGGAUGGCAGGAUGUGAGCCGACACUGUGACACGGGUUCUAGCUGAACUCCCAUGAAAUCACUUUCCUCACUCCUUAAAGAGACCCAGAAAGAAAUGUGGUUGUUAUAUAUUGUUCCAAAACUGUAUACUUUUUAUUUUCUUUUGUGUGACACAAAAGGAAGAAUUUUGAAGGAUGCACUGGUCAUUUUAAGGACUAUAAAAGCAUCAUUAAAGUAAUAUAAUUAUGUAUUUUAAAUUUAAGUUUGGGGUCAAUAAGAUAUAUAUUUUUUAAAAUAAGUAUCUUAUGUUCACUAAGUCUGCAUUUAUUUGAUCAAAAAUACAGU